GGGCAAUUUAAAAAUUUGAGUUUCAUUAUGUAUGUAAUCAACACUAUUAACGGCAAAAACGGGGUGUCGAAAUGAAGCUAGUAGGAACUGCUUCGCUGAUUCGGGUACGGAUGGGCAGCAGGUGGUUUCUGUUUCUUCGCGCCUGAAGAAUCCUUAACCUCUCCCUCCCACGCACACCCUACUAUCUUGACAAUUUAGCUUGCGAGCUGAAGUGCACACAACCACUUAGAAAACGGAAACUAGCCAAAGAAGACACAAUACAUCUCCCAUUUGGAGUUAUAUUUGCAUGCAGUCUAUCUGUGCUGCCGCAUCCGUAGCCUACACAGUGUAUGGGAAAGUGUUCUAUCUGACAACUCAGGAAGCAAGGAGAAAUAAAGAAAAGUGCCGCUGUUUGGAAAUAUCUUUACAUUUCCCACGAGUCCUGCCUCCUAGACCAGGUUCUGGAGCUGAUUAUGAAUGAGAAGCCCCCGAAUGCCAACAGCCUGUUCCUGAACGAGGAUUCUGAGAAGCCCCACCUUCCCGAGCGAGGUCUCCGGCAGCUCCGUAAGGCUAUGCAGAAGCGCGCGUCCAGCACACAGAAGAGGAUGAGCUGCAUCACGCGCCAGAGCGCCAGGAACUUCCUGCGCCGGAACGCCUUCGUGCUCUUCACCGUGGCCUCCGUCGCACUGGGGGUCAUUCUGGGAUUUGCCGUCCGGCCACGUGAGAUGUCCCUCAGGGAGAUAAAGUACUUUUCCUUCCCCGGGGAGCUCCUGAUGAGGAUGCUGCAGAUGCUGGUGCUGCCCCUUAUAGUUUCCAGCCUGGUUACAGGUAUCUCAUCUCUGGACAGCAAAGCCUCUGGCAAGAUGGGGAUUCGGGCCGUCAUUUAUUACAUGGUGACCACCUUCAUCGCUGUCUUCAUCGGCAUAGUCAUGGUGAUAAUCAUCCGGCCAGGGAAAGGCAACAGGGAUAGUCCAGUGCCCUCUAGUGGCAACAUUGAGCCAGUACAAGCGAUGGAUGCUUUCUUGGACCUCAUUAGAAACAUGUUCCCUCCUAAUUUAGUGGAAGCGUGUUUUAAACAGUACAAAACGGUGUACUCCAAAAGGAUCUACAAGAAGAACGUGACGAUCGCCCUCAACCUGACGGAGGCCAUGAACGGCACCGAGUCGAUCCUCCCCGCCAACGUGAGCAGCGUGCUGCAGACGACUGAGGAGACGCUGGAGGAGACGGUGCCCGUGUCGGGCUCCUCCGGCGGGGUCAACGCCCUGGGCCUGGUGGUCUUCUCCAUGUGCUUCGGCCUGGUGAUUGGCACGAUGAAGCAGCAGGGCCAGGCGCUGCGGGAAUUCUUCGACUGCCUCAACGAGGCCAUCAUGCGCCUGGUGGCCAUCAUUAUCUGGUACGCGCCUGUGGGAAUCCUCUUUCUAAUCGCGGGGAAGAUUGUGGAGAUGAAGGACCUGGCACAGGUGGGCGGGCAGCUGGGAAUGUACACGGUCACCGUGAUCGUGGGCCUGCUCAUCCACGGCCUCUUCGUCCUGCCGCUCCUCUACUUCGUCAUGACGAGGAAGAACCCCUUCACGUUCAUCGGGGGGCUGCUUCAGGCCCUCAUCACAGCCUUGGGGACCUCUUCCAGCUCAGCCACUCUUCCCAUUACCUUUCGAUGCCUGGAAGAGAACAAUGGUGUGGACAAGAGGGUGACACGAUUCGUCUUACCCGUGGGCGCCACCAUCAACAUGGAUGGCACUGCCCUCUAUGAGGCUGUGGCCGCCAUCUUCAUCGCCCAGGUCAACGAUAUGGACCUCAACUUUGGCCAGAUCCUCACCAUCAGUAUCACAGCAACAGCUGCCAGCAUCGGAGCAGCAGGCAUCCCUCAGGCUGGUCUGGUAACCAUGGUGAUUGUAUUGACAUCAGUGGGACUGCCCACGGAGGACAUAACACUGAUCAUUGCUGUGGACUGGUUCCUGGACCGUCUGAGGACCACCACAAAUGUGCUGGGCGACUCGCUGGGUGCGGGAAUCGUGGAGCACCUCUCCCGCCAGGAACUGCAGAACCAGGACGCGGAGAUCGGCAACUCGGUCAUCGAGGAGAGCGAGAAGCCUUACCAGCUCAUCUGCCAGGACAACGACACACUGAAGCACAGAAACAGUGAGACCAAGAUGUGAGGGGCCUGCCCUGAUUGCCACCGCCACUGCCGCCAAUAACCAGCCACACCCAGCAGCCAAGCAACUCAGAAUGCACGGGCGAGGAUCUUUAUUCCAAACCAAGAAACACAACAGUAAACCUAGAGAAUUGUGAUUGUUUUGAUUGGCCAGACUGGACUUUGAAGCACUAAACUGUUGGUCCAAGUUGAUCUUUUUGAAGAUAGGCGAUUCAAAAGUUAAAGCAUGUGAUUCUUAAACGGGUUGCUUUCGCUAGAUUGAAUCUACCAAAUAUUAUUAUUUAAAUUUAGUUUUUCAGACCAAGGCCACAAACUACCGGGCCAAUGCCUACACUUAUUUUAGAUUUAUUUUAUAAUUAAAUUAUUAAAUCAAAUUUUCCCACCAUAGAUUUGCAUGUUUGUUUCAAUACUGCUACCACAACCCACUCGCCUUUUGAAAAGAAAUAUAAUUUUCAUAAAUGCAUGGCAGAAUGCUCGUACCUAAGUAAAGUAACCAGCUUUUUUGUCUCAAGCAUGCAGGAUUGGUUUAUAGAGAAAAAGUAUCAUAUAUACAGGCAAUGUAAGAGCGUACUGUCAUUUUCUGUAGAGAUUUUUGGCCUUAACUCAUUGGUUAUAAACCGUUCUUUUAUAUCGGUGUGGUAACCCCGGUGUUUUGUGGCAUAUUAGCAGUGAUUGCACUUGCUAAGUUCAAUUUGUCUCAUUUCAUCUUACCAAAAAGCAUCCAUCUUUACACUCUCAAGCCAGUGUUUGGAAAACAGGGUAAAUUAUGCUAGUUGUUUCCUUAUUGUGAAUCUACCUCCAGCAUUUUCACAGUAUUACUGUCUGAAAUCCUCAAACACACGUCCAAAGUAAGACCUCCUUUAACCAUUUAUUUCCAAAUAUUGACGUACUUUAUUGUGUAUCGACAGAUUCAUUAUUAUUAUUAUUAUUAUUAUUAUUAUUAUGUACCAUUUGAAAUUAUUAGACCAUUUUGAGCAUAUCUGGCAAAAUAUAGUGUAUUAUAUGUUUUAUCAUACUUCACAGUAAUUUGCAGUAAAAUGGAAUCUAGCAGUUAAGAAUAUUUUCAGCAUUUGCUUGUAUAUGCAUAUUGAUCGCAUCACAAAUUAACAGAAACAAAGCAGGUACAAAGCAGUGCAUCAUAUCUGACUGUAUUUUGACAACCUCCACUGUGAAAUAUAGAGUUGCUGUAUAAUUAAUCAUUUAUGUGGAGGUCCCUUUGUUUUCAGCAGCAAGGUUUCAUAGCCUGAAAUUAACUGAAAUCUGCUACUUGAUCUGAUCACCCUAGGUGAACAUGUAACAUAACUGGCUGUGAAAUUUCAGUGGUAAGGGUUGACCAGUCAUGAUAGAGAAAUUGCCACACAUUUUAGCUUCAAACCUUAUCACCUUGCACCAGUUUCCCAGACAGGGAUUAAGCCUAGCCCUAGACUAAAAGCAAAAUUCAAUGAAGAUCUCCAUUGACAAAGGUUUUUAGUCUAGGGGUUAGUCUUAAUCCAUGUUUGUGAAACCAGCCCCUUAGGUUUAAACCUUUAGACCACAGAGCUGCUUGAGAACUGGACCAGCUACUUGUAGUCUGUGAAAUAAGGAAACAGCUGAACAGGCUUUAAUACUGGUCUGUGGUCUCAGGCUGUAAUUUUGAGGUUAAACUUCCACUGAUUUGUCUGCAGUUGCCCUGUGAGGUUGGUGCAGUUCAGGUAAUUUCACCUCAACUGAAUGAACUAUACUACAGGAUUCCGGUAAUGAAGAAUAACAUCUAACAAAUGUGUUGAACAAAUGUGUGCAGCAGUGUCUUCUUGGUUGAUAUUAUUUAUUUUGCACAAACUACAGAUUUUCACAACAUGCAACCUGAUGUCAGUUCAUGCCAGAAGAGACUAACAAAAUGAGUUUGAGUAUGGCUUAAUAGUCCACUAUAAUACACCAAACAUUUUUCCACCGUGUGUGGUACGUGCUCCUUGUGCACAAGCUUUUAUUCAUAUUACAGGCAUUAUGUGGGUUUUAUGCAAAUAAAAUGUUGCAGUCAAAUUAGAAGUAUUAAUAAACUUUGUGAAUGACAGAAAAGAUCAAAUGUUUUUCAUCAAGACACAUCCUUUUCUAGAGUUUUACAGUUGCUGUCCUAAUGAAUUCAGAAUCUUUCUUUUGUUUUAGUGUUAUUCAAAAUGUAUGAUUCACUAGUAAAAAUGGCAAAUAAAAAGGUGAUAAAUCAUGUUCUGAUACUGCUAAACAUAGUAUAUUACACAUUAUUACUGACAGCUGAAUACAACAGCUCAAUAUAGAGAUAAAACUGCUGAAUAAAGCAGCUCAAUAUAGAGAUAAAACUGCUGAAUAAAACAACUCAAUAUAGAGAUAAAAUAGCUGAAUAGCUGUUCUACUCUAUGAAUCAGGAUUCAAUUGUGUGUAAUUAGUACCAGUCAACUUACAGGUGGCUUCAUAUGAAAUCAGCAUCCUGCUUCUGAUUACAGGCUAUAAAACCUAUUUGCUGAAAAAUCAGGGAAUGAUAUUGGGUACAAUCUAUUCUACUACAGCCUAAUUUUCCACCCUGACCUAUAUAAUCAGUUCAUGUUUUAUAUGUUACUGGAACAAUGCUGGCAAUAUACAGUGUGUAUUAACAAAAUAACAUAUUAUUAUUGGCUUUCAUAAUAACUGCCUACAAUCCAAACUAGUGUCUUUCUAAAAGUAAGCCUAGGGCUAUUCAUCUUGGCACAUCUUGGAUUUGCAUGCGUUCUUAUAACCUUAACAUACAGUUUUUUCCCAGUUUUCCCCAUUUUUGAAUUGCAAGUUUUACCAUUCAUAAAUCCACCACCACUAUGCUACUGAAUUCUUGCACAUCUCCAGUACAUUCACCUGUGAUCUAGUAUUUAGGAGUACUAGUAACAGUAUUUGUAGUAACUAUAUUACACACUUACAUACUACAGAUGAGCCUGUAACUUGUACACACCAGGCGAGUUACUACUGGGUGCUUACACUGCAUCACCAGAAGGAAGCUUUAGCCAUCUUAAGCCCACCAUAUCUUGAUGGGACGAGGCCAGCUGUGUCCUGCUGAUGCCAAUUUCCAGUUAAGGUUGAGCUUAUGGCAUAACAUUGUUGAGGCUACAGGGGCUCAGUCUCUGCUUGGAUUGAGUGCAUUUACGGACCAAGUCACUCAACAGCCCAUAUUAUCCAGUCAUUUACAUGAGCAUACUUUGAUUUAGUAUUACAAUGUGUUACGUGUGUUAGCAAAUACCACAAUAUGUUAUAACAUCAGUAUCUCUGAAUUUUGAGUGUUUUAGAUAUUUAUUUGUUAAACCUUUAUUCUUUAUUUGACUAAAUAAUUUGUUUUUCAGAAGCUGCAGUUUUUUUUUUUUGCUUGUGCUCAAACUGGAGAGGGUUCUCUACAUUCCUUGGUUCUUUAAAUUCCUUUGUCAUAGAAUGUAGUUUGGAGUUCUACAAUGUGAAAAAAAUCUGGUAUUUUCAUUAUUAUUAUUAUUAUUAUUAUUUUUCAAUGACGAGUUGUUACACUAAUAGUCUGCAUCUAUGAAUGUUCAGUUUAGUGUGUAAAAUGUAUUUACCCUUUGUUAUAUUAAAAGGGUAAAGAGCAGACAUGAUUUCUAAUGCAGUUUGUAAUUUUGAUGUCAGUUGCAUGGAUUGACUAAUUAUGACCUGGCUUGUUUUAUAUACUGGAAGGCAUGUAGUGCUUAUUUUCUGACACUUAAGAAAUUAAAAGCAAACUAAAGGUAGUGCUGCCUUUAAUUUGGUGUUUGUGUACUAAGUGUGGUAUGGUUUGGCACAAAGCAUAAUUGUAUACAUUUUUCUUACCUUUAAAAUGUUUGCCAUACAUUUUGUGUGCAGGAUUGAUCAUAGUUAUCCUUAGGAAGCGCUUCUGCUCAAAGUACACACUUGGACUGUAGUCUUCUGAUGUGUUCUGUUGCACAGUUGUGCUUUGCCACUCUGUGACACACACACACACACACAAACACAAACACAGACACAUGCACACACACACACACACACAUACACAAACACAGACACACACGCACACACCUUGCCUCUUAGCUUUGAGGACCAGUUGAUUCCAAGUCCAGUUUCCCAAAGUACAGUUUCUCCUUUGAAAUUCCUUUUUACUGUUAUUUUAACUGUGAGAAGUAUCUUCUCUUGUCUACCAGUUGUAAGUUCAUGCAGAUCUUCAGCAAGCUCUGCACUUAGUGAUUCUGUGCAUAAGACAAAAAAAAUUGAAUGAGCACAUAUGGAGAAAACUCACAUAUUUACUGUUUGUUUUGAAGUUGUUAUUAUGGCUAAAUGCUUUUCUGGUAGAUUUUAUCAGCCUCUUGCUAUUGAACUGGAUGUUCCUUUUAUUGUGAUUAAUAUUUUUGCAGUUUUCUGAUUGUUUUGGUAAGAUUCUUAAUGCUUUUAUCUUAUAUUACAAAUUUGUUCUUACACCACCUGGUGAAUGUGAAUGUAUGCAUCUAUGUCAAGACAGGGACAGUACAAAAAAAAAAAAAAGAUUAAAAACACUGUUGGGUUAGAUUCCAAACAGAUGGUGGAUAAGAAUGUAUGAUUCUUCAAAUCUUUCCUUUAAUGUAUGUUUUCAUUUAGUGGUUAUGUUUGUGAAUUGGGGUUUAUAUUGUACAUACAGUAAUUAUUUGUGAAUGGCCACAGAGUACAAUGCGCAAGAGAGGAUGGGGAGAGUGGGUGUUGGAGGCCAUAUAUAAAUUGUUUUUAAGGGCCAAAUCAUUCUUAUUUCAACUCUUUUUUGUUAAAUGGGAUUUAAUUUUGUUCUGAUGUGUAUGUGAAGUGGGGUAGAAUGAGUGUUGUGUUCCACAUUCUACUAUGGACAGUUUUCAGUGCCAAUAUUUUGAAAAAUUAUGGGAAAAUGUUUUAACCAAUAAAUGGCUCAGGAAUAUGAA